AUGCAAAAGGUGAUGAUUCGUCAGAAAUCGACGCGGCCCCUGUCCGUCAGGAACGCCACAGUGAUCGGCAAUCCCACGUCGCGUUCCGAUUUCUCAUUGGCGCUGUUUCGCUGGGACUGUGCACCAAAACGGUUCGAACGAGAGACGGGAAUCCCCUCGUACGACAUGAACAGCGCGUCCGUCACUAUUGACGGCGCGCUUUCACUAGAGCUCAAGCUAGAAGACUGCUGUCACCCAGAACUCAACGAGACGGAGGGUCGAUGUUGCGUGCAGUCGGCCAGGUAUGACAUCACCGGGCUCGGGUCAGUCAGUGGCUUUGAGGUUGGCAAGACAGCUUUGAGUUCGGCGCAUGCUCCGUAA